ACAAAAAUUUUACCUUUUUACCCUUAAAAUACAAUGCUUGCCACGUCAUUCACCUUUUCUUCAUUUGCCUCCUUACCAUUCCUUUUACCUUGCUUUUUCAGAUUUCUCUCUCAUGGCUAUCUAAUUCUAUCUUCUCCAUUUUCACUCUCCCAUAGCUAUCAUCUUCUUCCUUGCUCAUUUAGUCAUCAUCUAAUUGUCUCUUCUCUUUCAAUUUUUAGUCCAUAAAUAACAAGUAAGUGGGCACCGUAGUAUUGAGCUAGAGGGGUGCUUUCUGAUGGUGUAGGGGUGGUGAAAUCGCCAGCUUGCUGCAGUGGCUUUGAUCAUCGGCGACGAGUAGCUGAAAAAAAUUGUUGUGAAGUACUUCGGCCUACCGCACUUUAGCUAUUCUAUCUUACCAAUCCAGCGAAUUUUCGAAGGUUUUUUUUCAUCUGGGUUCCAUUUUUCUUCUCUGGUUUCAACUGGGGUCUAAUUUCUUGAAUUUGCGAUGGUGAAGUUUAGAGGUGGUCUUUCAAAUUUUCGAAGGAGACGUGGUUUGCGAAGCCCUAUUGGUGCUAAUGAUGUAAGCAAUGACGUUAAUGUUGAUGUGGAGAAGCGUGGAAAGAAGGGAGGUCGUGUAGAGGAGGUUGCAGUAAAGAAGGGUGUUGUGAAGGAAGUUGCAGUUAAGGAGGCUGCAGUAAAGAAGGGUGCAGUGAAGGAGGCUGCAGUUAAGAAAGGUGCAGUGAAGGAGGAUAAAAGUGAGGAUGAGGGUUCUCUGCAGGAUGGAGGUGAUAAGGAUGAGGGUUCUGAAUAGGAUGAAGGUGAUGAUGAGGAGGGUUCUGAAGAGGGUGGAGGUGAUGAUGAGGAAGGUUCAGAAGAGGGUGGAGGUGAUGAUGAGGAGGGUUUAGAAGAGGAUGAGGGUGAUGAUGAGAAGGGAAGUGAGGAAGAUUCUGAACAAGAAGUAAGAGAGGAAGAAUCUACUGAGAGAAAUAAGAAAAAAAAAAGAUUGAGUGUGAAAGCAAAGAAGCCAGUAAAGGAUGAUCGGCGUCCAGAGAAAAUCCAGCAGGAGAAAAAGCUAGCUAAGGCAUCCAAUAAUGCUCCCAUUGAGAAAAAAACCAAAAAAAGAUUAUCGUCGUUCGGCCGAGAAGAAGCGGAAAAUGGUGAAGGACAAUAUCUGCUGAGAAGGAGCCAAUAAAGGAUGAACGUUGUUGUUCUGAGAAGAAGCGGAGAGUGGUUGACAAGGCUGUCAAAAUUGAAAAUGGAAACAGACCGGAUUCUGAUGCUGAAGAAGAUGAAGCUGUUGCAAGUAUAUCAGAUAGGGAUGAUUCUGAUUCGGAUGUUGAAAUGCUAUUCAUGAGCAAUUUUUGUUGAUGAAGAGGAAUAUGGAAGUUGUUACAAACUAUCAUUUGAAGAAGGUUGAAAAUUUACUGAAGCAUGAUGUGGCUCGUGCUUCUAGUAGUUCAUCUCCUGUCUUGUAAAGUCAGGAUUAUGAUCCAAGAAUGUUUGAGAUUGCUGAUGAAAUUGUUGAUAUUGUGUUAUCGGUGAAAUUGCCUGGAGGUAUUUCAAUUAUUGCUUGUGAUGUGAAUGUCGGGGGUGGGGAGAAUGGUGGAAGGGUGGAAAAUGUUCCUGAGUGAUUUUGUUAAUUGUGUUAGAAUGUGAUGGAAAAGAUUAACCUGGAGUAUGGUGAAUGUUCUUUCUCAUCUAUAAUCAUGAAUGCUUUGGGUAAUGGUAAGGCAAAAAUAUCUGUUAGAUGUGGGUCAUGUGAUGUUGAGUUUGUUGGACAUAUGAUGAAAAGCAAUAAGAAGUCUUAGAAAAAAUUACCAAAGUUGUAUUAAGAGAUUGAUGAUUAUUGCUUCUUAGAUGAUAUUCAAUUGUUGAAUCAGUAAGUUAUUUAUAUUUUAGUUAAAAUUAUAUUGUUUUUGCUUAAAGUUAUGUUUUUAUUUCUUAAAAUUAUGUGUUUUUUUUUUGUUUUUUUUUUGUUUUUUUUUUAAAAAAAAAAAAAACUUUUUUUUGUUUAUUUAGGGAGUGUUUGGUGUGGUUUGAUCAUACUCAUAGUGUUCCAAGAAAAGAUAUGGUGUCUUUAGCUGCUAAUUUGGAGAUUUUCCAAUCUGUUAUUGAGUGUUGGGCAAUGUUGCUUGCUGAGUGAGAAUGAAAGAAUGCGAGACAAAGGUCCUAAAAAAUUUUGUUUUGGUGUUGAAUGCAGUGUAAGUUUUAUGUAAAGCUAUAUGUAUUUUUCUUUUAAUUGAUGUUUGUAUAGUUAAUUCUUAUCACUAGUAGAAAACUAUAAAUGGCAAGCGGUUUAAAACCUUAAUGGGAAGCGGUUUUUGAACCGCUUGUGAUUGGGGGGCUUCUCAUUGCCAUUUUAAAUGGGAAGCGGCUUGAACCGCUUCCCAUUUGAAGGGAAUGGGAAGUGGUAUAACGCCUGAAGCGCUCCCCAUUAUGGCUUUAAAAUAUUUUUUAAAAAAAAAUUAUAUUUUCACAGAAAAUCAGAAAUUGAUCCACAAA